CAACAACUUUGAAGUGCCAGAGUCCAGUCCAGUGGUGUGCAGGUCAUUGCUUUCUUUGGUUUUGUGUCGUCUUCGCCAUGGCUUCUGCAGAAAGACAAUCCAAAGCUCCUUUCUCACUGGACUCCUACCAUGUCUCUGAAGACUUUGGCUUCAUCCUGCCUGAGCCACUGGAAGAGCUUCCACCUUACUACCAGCCAUGGAUGGAUAUUGCCCUGCGAAUCCCGGAGCUUGUGGACUCGCACGAGUUGCGUUCCCACAUUAACAAGAUGCCACUGCUGAGCAGCAAGUUUCUGCAGAAACACAGGGAGUUACGGUUGGCACACCUGGCCCUCGGCAUGAUGACAAUGGGCUAUGUCUGGCAGGAAGGAGAGGGCGACACAGUUGAGAAGCUGCCACGUAACCUGGCUGUUCCAUACUGGGAGGUAUCACAGUGCUUAGGACUUCCCCCAAUUCUCACCCAUGCGGAUGCAGUUUUGGCAAACUGGAGGAAGAAAGAUCCAGAAGGGCCAUUUGACAUGGAGAACCUGGAGAUGCUGGUCAGCCUCCCGGGUGGAGACAGCGUCCGAGGCUUCUUCAUGGUCACUCUGCUGGUGGAGGUGGCAGCAGUUCCUGCACUGAGGAGCAUUCCCACUGUGAUCAACGGUGUGAGGUGUGGUGACACUGAAGCUGUUACCAGAGCCCUCGAGGACAUCAGCCAGUCCAUACAGGACAUGACAGAUGCACUCAAGUUAAUGCACGAUUACGUGGAACCUUCAGUCUUCUAUGGCAUUAUGAGGAUCUACCUGUCUGGAUGGAAAGACAAUCCCUCAAUGCCAAACGGGUUGGUUUAUGAAGGGGUCCAGACUGAACCCAUGGAGUUUUCAGGAGGGACUGCUGCACAAAGCAGUCUGCUGCACUGCUUCGAUGAACUUCUGAGAGUCAAACACGAAGCCAAAAGCGGUUCCUUCCUCACCCGUAUGAGGGACUACAUGCCUCCUGCCCACAAGAAACUGAUCGAGGACAUUUCUUCGCAACUCUCCCUAAGGAGUUUUGUCCAGGAGCAGGCCAGUGAGCGACUAAACCAGGCCUUCCACCUCUGCGUCACAAAACUGUUGGCUCUGCGAAGCUACCACAUCAACGUCGUCAGCCGCUUCAUCACCGUGCCCGCUGCCCGUGCCCGGCAACUCCGCGAAAAGAACCAAGACUCGAACGGGGAGACGAUCAGCAGAGCACCAGCAGCCCUGGAGGAGAGGGGCACGGGCGGCUCUGGCAUCAUGAGCUUCCUAAAAACUGUGAGGGACCAAACAAAAGAGGCCCUCUUGCCCAAGACGAGCAGAGACAUAAAACAUCACAGCUGAUGUGAACUGUCAUGCUUGAGGUUACACAGCAAAGUACAUGAAGAAUCGCACACAAAACUGCCAGUAAAUCAGCUCUGAUCUCUUUACCCACUGGUUUUUGUGUCCAUUAAAAGGAUGAAAUUUGG